AUGGGAGACCUCCUGGAGUUAUUUACGAAUUUAUUUCCGUCGCGAUAUGUUACUGAACCACAGGCAUGGCAUAUGUUUGUCAGUUAUAUUAUCUGCUCUUGGCUCUGCUGCUGCAUUGUGUUGUUCGCCAACAAAGCACUACCAGCCAUCAGUAAUGCGGGCAUGUUCCUUAUCAUCGCCGGUGUCUUCGUUACCAUUCUUGUUUGCGCCAUCAUGCCCCAUGUGACUGGACGCGGAUAUGCGUCGGACGACUUCGUCUGGAGGGACUGGGAGAAUCAAACAGGCUAUUCUAGCAACGGCUUCAUCUUUGUUGCUGGUAUGCUUAACGGUGCGUACUCCGUCGGCAACCCUGACAUCACCAGCCAUGUUGCAGAGGAGAUCCUCAGACCAAGUCGCAACAUCCCUAAAGCCGUCCUUGCUCAAAUGGCCGUGGGCUUCGUCACCGCCAUAACGUACAUGGUAGCGCUCCUCUAUUCCAUCCACGACCUCCCCGCCGUUCUCGACAACAAAUCCACCUUUCCACUCGCCGAGAUCUACCGACAAGCAACCACCUCCCGCGGCGGCGCCCUCGGCCUCCUCAUCGUCGUCUUCCUGCCCACCUUCAUAACUUGCAUCGGCUGCUACAUCACCGCCGGGCCGCACCCUCUGGACCCUAUCCCGCGACAACGCAACCCCAUUCAGCGGCUGGCUGUCACGCGUCAGCACCACAUUCCACAACCCCUUCAACGCCACGUUUAUCUGCGGUUGCAUCGUGACGGUCAUGGGCUGCAUCUAUAUCGGCUCGUCGACGGCAUUCAGUGCGCUCGUCGGCUCCUUCGUGCAGCUUUCGUCACUGUCAUACACUGCCGCGAUCCUGCCGCACCUCCUGAGCGGGCGAUCCGCGUUCCGGCCGGGCUAUUUCUUCAUGCAUGGCUGUACUACCUUGGGCCUUAG